AAAGUGCUGGGAUUACAGGCAUGAGCCACUGCGUCCAGCCAAGAAAACAGUUUUACUGAAAUGCUGUAUAGCACGUGUGGACUAGUGUGAGGACAUAGAGCUUCUAGGAGUAGCAGAAACAGGAGAGUUUGCACCCACUCUGGGCUCUUCUCCACCAGUGUUCACUGGAGGCUUGUGGUUAAGAAUGGGGCAGAGCAGAGACCAGAAAGCUUUUACCGUGGUGCAGACCUGGAAGAAGAGAUGGCUGCUCCGGCUGGAUCCUGUCUAGAUCCUUCUCUCUAGCAGUAUAAAAACCUUAAACCACUGGAAUAUGGACAGCAAAUCCUGUCACUCUGGGCACCGGUGAAAAUCUGUUUCAGCUGGGGAUAGAGAAAAGGAUGGCGUCCCAUGCAGAGUCCCGUCCUCUGGGAGUGUUUGAGUGUGAACUCUGUACCUUGACAGCUCCGUACAGCUAUGUGGGACAGAAGCCCCCCAACACCCAGUCGAUGCCUCCUGGAGGAAAGCUAUGUCAUGAAGGAUCCCUUCACCUCCGACAAGGACAGAUUCCUGGUCCUCGGCUCGCGCUGCAGUUUGUGCAGCAGGCUGGUGUGUGUGGGCCCGGUGGGAAUGCAGUUUAUUCUACUCUAAGAGAUUCUGCCUCCCUUGUGUCCAGGAGAACAUCAGUGCUUUUCCUCAGGAAAUUCGGCAAGACUUGGAGAAAAGGAAAGUUCCAUCAAAGAGGACCCCCAGCCAGCCCGGUUCUCGGACGUGAGUGCAGCCGGGGCUGGGUCAUCAGGCAGCACCCUGCACAGAGCUCCUGGGCCAGCCUGCGCCAGGGAUGCUGCUGAGCUGGGAGCUGCCAUGCCUGGCCUUGUUUCUGGACCAUUGGGAGCAGCACUGCAGCCCAGAAGAGCUGGAGUCCAGCUUGGAGCAGCCACAGGCCCAGGGAGCUGUAGCAAGAGGGUAGCCCAAAGGCAGACACCAGACAGGACAUAGCCAGGAACCCGGCCAGGUGCCCCCACAUGCCCCUCAGGGCCCAGGCCUGAGUGAGUGCUGCUCAGAUGUGACUGAGAGAGAUGACCUCCUUCAGCGGGGCAGCUCCUAAGAGGCCGCGUGCAGGUGCAUGUGGGGGAGAUGCCACACUGUGUCAGGGCCAUGGUGCACUGUAGGUGGCUGCAGUGGUCUCUCUGUAAGGAAAAUCACUGACAGCAGCUGCCUUCUGGAGCCAGUCUGGAAGGUCUAGGGGGGGAUAGAAUUUUUACUUCAUAUCCUUAAUGUGGUGCUUGGAAAAUGUUUUGAACUUUGACCAUGUAUUAUGUUUAUAAUUAAAAACCCAAAGAACCAGCUCAUGUUUGGAAAAGGAAUCUUCCCCUGAGGCAUUUGGGUACCCGACAUUCUCCCUGGGCACUUGGCCCGGCAAUGGUUGGAGUCUCCUGGGAAGCUGAGUGCUGGCUUCUAGACUCUCCAGUUCCCUCAGGCGCUGGCUUUGGCUCGGGCCCCUCUGUUCUGUCUCCCUCAACUCCAAGUCAGGAAUGCCGUGGGCUUCCUGCCCUCACCCCACACCUCAAGACCGUCCCGCUGCCUGCCUGCUUGCCCCCUGCCAUCUCAAACUCAGCCCUGGGUGCCUGCGAAGCCUGGCCCCACUGCCUGCUGGGGGUUCCUGCAGCACCCCCUACUCCAGGCUCCCCAUCUCCCUGAAGCUUCCAGGGUAGCAGCUGGUGGGACACUGAUCUGUGAGCUCUGGAAUGUCUGCUUGGAGUUCUGAGAGGCAGGAACUGCUCUGUAACUACUCAAGGCCAACUAUCACAGAAAGGAAUGAAUAGAGUUUUUACUGACGUGUGCA